UAUAAUAGGGACCAAAUAUAGCUCUGCAAUCUUUUUGGCAAAGAUUUACCAAUCUGAGGGCUCAUAUCAUGAUGCUGAACGCUUACUGAAACAAUGCAUAUCAUUGUCAAAAGAUAAUUCUUUGUGGUAUUCAGUAUUUAUUACAGAACUCUCACAAACCUAUCUGAAGAAAAAAGAUGUUCAAAAGUCUAUAAUAUGCCUGGAAAAUGGUAUUGAAUUUUCAAAGGGGUAUCCAUAUGAACAUACCAUAUUCAUGCAACUGAGCUUAGCAAUUGUAUCUCUUAUAACAAAUGACAUCCGUAAACUGGAGGUCACUCUUGACCUACUAAAUGUGUUACUCAAAAAGGUUCAGAAUUCCAUAAAGAAGGAAAGCUUGACACUUUACACACUUCUAAUACAAAUACUGCACCAUUUAGUACAGGGAAAGGGAAAAUCCGUGAAACCGUACCUGAAAAAGCUUCAACAGAUAUUGCAAAGUUAUACCUCGAGGAGUGAAGAAGAUGACGAUACUUUGGAUAUACUGUGGUUACCCCGGCCGUACAUAAUUCUCAUGUCUUAUCUAUUAAUAGUAGUUCACGCUUUGCAAGUCGGUUACAUGGAACGAGCCUUGAAGUAUAUAGACAAGGGGCUAGCUCAAAUCGAUAUACUAAAAGCCGACUACCUAUCCCAAAACGACAGAAUAAAAACUUUAGACUUUAGCGAUAAUCCGUUAUCGCGCAUCAACGUUCUCUACAAAUUCGAAUCCGCUUUCCGCGAAUACGCAAUAGUGUCCAAUUUAGUUACCGGAAAAUAUUCUUCCGCUAUCAAAGAAAUACAAAUGCGAUUUUUUUACGAACCCACCGGCAUAGUGAUCAAAAGAGACGUCGAUUGGAACUACAAAACACGUUUACACACAUUUUUGGGUCUAUAUUCGUUGGCAACCAAAGAAUACGAAAAAUCUCAGACACAUUUCAAUUUCAUAAGACUUCAGACGGCGGAUCCAGAAAACGACAAUAACACGAGCUAUCAAUCAACCAAAUGCAAGAUCUUCUGUUCCUUUAACUUGCUUCUCAUGUACCUUCAUUUGAACCGGCACAAUUACAACUCGGCCUCCUCCAUUAAUUCCGUAUCGAACAGCAACCUGGAAACCGAGAUUAGGCGUAUUUUAGAAACGCUCAAUCCCGACGUUAUUAGCGAAAUCGCUCCUUACAUUUACAAAUCGGCGGCUAAUUUCGUUUACUCCUUAUGGCAUUUUUGCAAGAGAGAUUUCAACGAAGCAAAGAAAUAUUUGAGGGAGGCACUGAAAAUGUCCAACGCCGAAGACGUAAACAGGAUGACGGCAUUCUCUCUUCUUCUCCUGGGCCAAAUUUUCAUUCAUUCACAAAAUUUUCAAGAUUGCUUGACCAUGCUUAAUCCUGGAUGUCAGCUGUCGGUUAAGAUUCAAGAUCCUUGCUCACAAAUAUGGGCAUCUGUCUUAUAUAAACAAAUGUAUCAAGCUACCGGAAAUGAGAGUCAAUUCAAGGAAUCUCUCGAGCUCACUACCAAAUUGAGCGAAACAUUCGCUAAGGAAUAUCAGGACGCGAUAACGUCCCAAGAGCACAAAAAAUUGAUUCAACAUUUCUAGAUUUUUCCAGAAUUAUAUUUAUUGGAAAAUUUUUAAUUCCCAUCUUUCUAACUCGUAUAUUUCUUUAUUUUUUAAAACUCUCCCUGGUGGAACAUUUUCGUUCUCUCCUACCGAUUUUACCCCCCCCCCCCCCCGACUAAACAUUAAGAUUCAUAAUCAUUUAUAUAAAUUAUUUUCUUUUAAAUUAUUGUCCAUUAAUAUAUAUAUAUAUAUUUAACUCAAACUUGUUCAAAAAUCAUUGUAUAUUUAUAUUUUUUAUUUAUUUUAAGUGAUAUAAAAUAAUAAUAAUAAUUAAUCAUGUUUUUUAUAAAAACAAAAAUUAAUUAUAACAUUUUUGUAAAUUUAAAUUUUUAUCGAAAUAAAACAAAAAUAUUUUUUUUU